AUGCCUGAUAUCGAAGAUUUGCUGCUUCCUCACAUCCAUGAGCUCAAAACCUAUCAGGGUGUUUCGCCCAGCGAAACGCUGGCAGAGCAGGCCGGCAUCUCGUUGGAUAAGGUGAUUCGGCUUAACGGCAACGAAAAUCCCUACGGCCCUUCCCCGCACGUGGCCGAAGCGUUGGGAAACUUCCGCGACUACAACCAUUAUCCGGACCCUGCCCAGCGUAACCUGCGGGCAGCGUUGUCCGAAUACCUGGGCGUUCCGGAUGAAAACAUAGUGGCGGGCAACGGCAGCGACGAAAUCAUCGACCUGCUGAUGCGGAUGUUCCUUGCUCCGGGAGAUGAAAUCAUCAUUCCGGUACCAACAUUCGGCAUGUAUUCCUUUUCCGCCGAUGUGGCCGGAGCCAGGGCGAUUUCGGUACGCCGCAAUGAUGAUUUCGAUAUAGACAUCGAGGCUAUCACGGGGGCGAUCACCCCGCGCACCAAGGCUAUCUUCUUCCCGAGCCCCAACAACCCCACCGGCAAUCUGGUGUCGGAAGCGCAAUCUCGGGCGUUGCUGGAAACCGGGUUGCUGGUUGUGGCCGAUGAAGCUUACUACGAAUUUUGCGGCCAAACUUUGAUGCGCCUGCUGCCCGAAUAUCGGAACCUCGUCGUGUUGAGAACCUUCAGCAAAUGGGCUGGCCUGGCUGGCCUGCGUAUCGGCGCUGGCGCCAUGGAUCCCGAUCUGGCGGCCACCAUGAUGGGAAUGAAACCGCCGUACAACGUCAAUCUUGCCGCCGAAAUCGCGUUGCUGGCCUCCCUUGCCGACACCGGCAAGUUGCUGUCUCGCGUAGAAUCCAUCGUUGCCGAACGAUCCCGGCUCUACGAACUGUUGGACGGUAUCCCCGGAAUUGAACCCUGGCCGUCGCAGGCUAAUUUCAUCCUUUGCAAGAUGCCGGAUGGUCGCGGCCUCGAUGUUUACGAGGGAAUGUGUCGGCGCGGUGUUUUCUUGCGCUACUUCGACAACGAUCUGCUGCGGGACUAUAUCCGGGUCAGCGUUGGCAAACCUGAGGAAACCGAUGCAGUAAUCUCCGGUUUCAGGGCUGUAUUGGGCGUGGAUGACUGA